UUUUUUUUUUAGAGACUGGCGCGCGCUGUUCAAAACAGUGAGAAGAAACGCGGGCAGUAAAAGGAGCGACUUCAAACUUUAUACAGACAUUUAUUGUUUUAUACAAAACGACAGACGUGUUUGGGAGGAAGAUGAUUCCCACUGCUACCAGGAAGAGGAAGCUAUCCUCGCUGAACUCUGACAGCCACCCGGCCAAGAACGGGGUGGGAGAGGAGUUGUCCCCCGUGAAGAGGAGCUCGCCCAGGAAGCACUCACAGUCUCCGAACAGGAAGAAGCCAGUUGGGCGCCCGAUCAAAGUGAACUGUACCUCACCAUCCCCACGUAGAGCAGCAGGCUCUCCAGUCAAAUCAUCUUGUAAAUCUCCAGUCCAACUUUCCAUGGUUACAAGUUCCUUCUAUGGCCAGAAGAAACCCAUCUAUCUCACUCCACUAGAGAGGAAGGCUAUAAAGGACUUGCUGCCUUCUCCUCCGCCUCUUCUUCCUUGCCCUCCUUCUCAGGAGAAAAAGAAGAAUAAAAGGAAUGUUAAAGGAGGCAAGCAGAGAAAAGUGGCUGCAGCAUCUCGUAAUGUGGGGAAGACGGGUACCGUAGGCAAUGGGACCUCUUCAAAGACGAUCAAAGUGUCCAAACUUAACAGCAGUGUCGCUGAUAAACCAGCGUCCAGUACAAUCGCUGCUUCUGCUAGCGGCAAUAAGCCAGCCGAGUCCAGGAAAGCAAUCACCCUCGCUUUCGGCGGCCUAAAGCCCAAACCGAAGAUCUUUGUAGGAGCUGCUUUCUUCAGUACAGGAAAGAAACCAACAUCUAUGUACAAGAAAUCUGCACCAAAAUCUUCAACCAGGAAAGCGUCGGUACCAAAAAGCAAAACUGUCCAGCUGCAGACUGAAAGUGAGAAACCAAAGCCACCUGCUCUGUUGAUGAACCAACAACAGAAUCACCCUAAAGCGACUGAUGUCCAGCCGGUCAGGACCGAAGAGAACCAGCCGAGCACCAAGCAGAGAGCAAAGUUUGAAGCUUCAGACUGGAUGGACUUCGUUAACGAAGAGCCUGAAUCUCCACAGACAUUCAGGUCUCCUAAAAUGUGUUUGGAGAAAUAUGGGAUUACCAAGGAGCUGAUGCUUGUGUUGACGAGGACCCCAACAGCAAGUCCUGCCUCCACGGCUGUGUCUCUCAGUCCUCAGGAGGGUGGCUCUGAACCCAUUUUUGACCUGAGUGAGAAAAGCCCCCCGAGUGCUGCCGCCAGCCCACCCAAAGAAUCUGCAGGACUGUAUCCCAUCUUUGGCUCUUCCUCAAAGAGGUUAAAGAAUGCAGCUCUGCGGCCACCCGUGUCUUGCAGCACGCCCUCCGGCCCGAUGACGCCCCUACAAACCUUUUCUUCAGUCAAAGAGCGACCUGUUCGCAGAAGGAAAGAGAAACAGGAUGAGGACCAGCUUAUUAUCGAUGCCGGUCAGAAGCAGUUUGGAGCGACGACCUGCAGCUCGUGUGGAAUGGUUUACAGCGCAGACAACCCAGAGGACCAUUUCCAACACACCCAGUUCCACCAGCGCUUCCUCGACUCCAUCAAGUUUGUGGGCUGGAAGAAGGAGCGGGUGGUGGCAGAGUUCUGGGAUGGAAAAAUCCUCCUAGUCAUGCCAGAUGAUCCCAAAUACGCCAUUAAAAAGGCUGAGGAUGUGCGGCUUGUAGCGGACAGCGAGUUGGGUUUCCAGCAGGUGACCCUGAGCAGACCUACGCAGGCCAAAACCUACCUCUUCAUCAACACAGAGCGCAUGGUGGUGGGCUGCCUCGUCGCCGAAUCCAUACGUCAGGCCUACAGAGUCCUGGAGCAGCCGGACCAACUAAAAGACAUGACGAAGGACGACUUCAUGGAGCGACACCGAGCCUGGUGCUGCUCCACCGUCCCAGAACAAGCUCUGUGUGGGAUCAGUCGCAUCUGGGUCUUCAGUCUGGCCCGGCGGCAGGGCAUCGCAACACGCAUGCUGGACACCGUCAGGAGCACCUUCAUGUACGGCAGCCAUCUAACCAAAGAGGAAAUCUCUUUCUCUGACCCGACGCCGGAUGGCAAACUGUUUGCAACCAAGUACUCCAACACGCCGACCUUCCUCGUUUACAACUUCGUGGCUUGAAGUAGAUGCAUGCAUCGAAGGUGCAUUACAGUUUUAACUGACUCGUUAAAUUAUUAGUGCUGCAUAUUAACAGAUCUUCAGGCAAUUGUUAAAUUGCCUUUCAUAUGCAAUGGAAUAACUGUUCAAGUUGUUUGUUGAUCAGGCUUCAGUUUGUAUUGAAGUGUUUAUUUCGGUUGUAUAGCUAUAAUACAAUGUGUUCAGGAUUAAGUAGAGUUUAAAGGUUCGUGAUGCACCCGUUAUCGCUCAGCAUUUUAUAAUUGACUGUUGAAUGCUUAUUGGCAGUGAUUUCUAUUCAGAUGUUUAUGUUCUGCUUAAUGAGCUUGAAACUGAAAAGUUUCAUUUAAAUGUUCAGAUUGAUAGUUUUUUCUAGAAUGGAAAAUGUUUAAACCUUUUGAAAGAGGGAUGCUAUUGUUGUUUACGGGCAUUCGACUGUGUAAAUACACUUAAUAAACAUUGCCUUUUUUGUUUUAUGAUACGAUGGCUUCGUGUUAACACUGGAAA